AUGUACUCCAACUAUGCGCCAUACGGCCACCAGCAAUACUACGCCAUGCCGCCGCACCAGUACCAGGCCGGAGGUGUCCCGGCUCCUGGAUACAUGCCUUACCAGGGCUACACUAGGUCGCCGCCGCCGAUGCAGCAGUUUGCCCCGAUGGUGGGCGUCAGCAUCCCACCGAGCUACCCCCGAGGCGUUCCGCAGUCGCCCAACCCGACCACGCCGUAUCAACCUCCGCUUGCUCCCGCCCCCGGCCUGCCUCAUACGCCGUCUUCGACACACUCGACGCAAUUGCUGCCUCCACAUACGCCUACAACUCCCCAGACGCCCCAGAGUGUUCAGCCAGCCCCUGUUGUGCCCACCCCUCCUGCUCAGGAGACAGCUCUAGCUCCAUCUCCAGCUCCAGCUCCGACUACAGCCCCUGUUGCUGCUGCCGAGCCACGCGAGCCGUUUCGACCACCGCUACCCUGGCUGUCACAUCCCGAUGUUGAAUUCCCUGUGAGGACUUCACGAACAAAACGGCAGAGAAAGCCUUUGGUUGCGGGGGACAAGGCGGUAUCCCUACCUACGGGGCAGCAUGAUGUAGCUGGAGAACAAGGCAGCCAGAAGCCUGCUCCCCCUGCCCAAGACGAGCCGAGCACUCAAGCUCCGGCUCCCAAGCAAAAGGGAGAUCCUAGUGCAGAAACAUCUGGAGUAUCAAAAUCCAAGGAGACAACCAAGGAUUCUACUGCAACCAAUGUUUCUACCACGCGCCCAGCUGCGCCCGCCAUUCCUGUGGUUCCAGUGCUGCCAAAGCACGGUCCCAAACCUGAGACUGCGAGUCAAGAGAAGGCAAACGAAGAUGCUGUCAAGCCUAACGACCAAGACAUUGUGGCUGCCAAUCCAGAUGAGGCCAGCCCUGACGGAACAAACGAUGCUCCUGCCCCAGCAGUCAAAGCUCCUCCCACGAGCUGGGCCAAUCUAUUUGCCAAACCAUCAGCACGAGCUCCGGUCGACGGCUCAGGAGUGAAUGGUGCCAAUGGCGUCAAUGGUGAUUCGGCAGAUGCUAACAAUUUCCCCGGCUCUGCCUUUUCCAAGUCAAAUGUCAAUUCCCUUGCGGAAGCAAUCCAGUCAUAUGCAGUUGAGAACAACGGUAAACUCGACUUCCUUGAGCCACGUGGACUCAUCAACACUGGUAAUAUGUGUUACAUGAAUUCCGUGCUUCAAGUGCUCAUGUUCUGUGUACCUUUUUACGACUUGCUUGAUCAAGUUGGCAAGAGGGCUGCUCAUAGCUUCAAGAGCGAGACUCCUUUGAUUGACGCUUUGAUUAUGUUUAUGAGGGAAUAUAGGGUUCUCAAGUCGUCGUCGUCGGUUGAGCAGCUGAACCGUAACCUGAAGAGCGAGGACCUCGAGCGCUAUGGCGAACCAUUUACACCCGAGUUUGUUUAUGACGCCAUCCGACAACUAUCUCGAUUUGACAGCAUGCGACGUGGUCAUCAACAAGACGCAGAGGAAUUUUUGGGCUUCCUUCUUCAGUCCCUCGAUGACGAGUGUACACAUGUCAUGAAAGAUCUGUCAAUCGCAGCCGAAGAAGUGCCCUCAUCCAACACCUCAACCGGUGGAUCUGUUGCAGCUUCCGAUGAUUGGCUUGAGGUCGGCCGCAAGCAACGGGCUGCAGUAUCUCGCCUAUCAGGCCACAAUACUUCGACUCCUAUUACCAAGAUUUUUGGCGGCCUUUUGAGAUCUGAAUUUCGCGUGCCCGGGUUGAAAGAUUCCAUCACCACAGAACGCUACCAGCCUCUCCAAUUGGAUAUUCAGUCACCAGAUGUCAGGAAUGUUGUUGAUGCCCUACGUGGGCUGACCCGGCCAGAGCGCAUUCAGGGCGACUUUAACUCGCCACGCGGAAAAGAUGUCGUUGCUACCAAGCAAGUCUUCAUCGAAUCGCUGCCUCCUGUCUUAAUUCUCCACCUGAAACGGUUCCAGUUCGACGCUGAAGGCCAUGGAACGGUCAAGAUCUGGAAGAAGAUUGGAUAUCCUUUGGAGCUUGAAAUUCCUCGCGAGGCUUUGUCACGGCAAAAACGCGAUAGCUCGAUGCCUAGAUACAAGCUUAUCAGUGUCGUCUACCACCAUGGAAAGAACGCCAGCGGUGGUCACUACACGGUAGAUGUGAGACGACAGGACGGUCGCGAGUGGAUUCGGUUAGACGAUACCGUUAUUCGACGCAUACGUCCUGAGGAUGUUGCUGAAACAGGAUCUGAAGAAGAUCACAAAGACACACGAAAGGAAGCUACCUCGAGUGUCACCAACAACCGAUUUGGAGCGAUGAAUGAUGAAGAUACUGGUGAUGAAGACGGCUGGAAGCAAGUUACGGCGCCAGCCAACGGCAAGCGAUGGAGCAGUGUCGUCAAUGGCGGGGCUAACGGGGCUGUCAAAGAGAAAUCAGUCAAGGACAGCAUCAAGGACAACAAGGUGGCAUACCUCUUGUUUUACCAGCGUAUAUAA